AUGGCGCCGAAGUGCAAAGCAACCACAUCGACUCUCUUUAGCAGCCGCACGGAACCGCCACCCUUUGCGGAGCGCAGGCUUGAAGAGGCCAAGUUUCAUCUGGGAGACGUCACUGCCAGCCGAGAAGACCAGGGAGGUGUCUAUGGACCUGUAAAGACUGACCACCAGCCCCCUAAGAAUGUGGCUCCUGACAGACUUCUCAGGUUACUGUUUUUGGAGCAGUGGAAUGUCAUUAUUGAGUCUGAACCCUCAGGAUCUUCAGCCAUGUUUUCUUUCUGGGAAAGACGACUCCAUCGUACCAAGUGUGCAACACCCUAUUUAUUCUCCUGCUUUAAUGGUGGGGAAUGUGUACACCAGACAUUCUGUGACUGCAGGCGUUUUAAUGCGACAGGUCCCCGAUGCCAGACAGUGUAUAACACAGGCCCUGAGAGAGACAAUAUUUGCCGUACGUGGGGACAACACCAUGUCGAGACAUUUGAUGGCCUCUAUUACUACUUCUCUGGGAGAGCCAGCUACACCCUGGUGGGUCAGUAUGAGCCUGGUGAGCAGAGCUUCUCCAUCCAGGUUCACAACUACCCAGAAUGCAGCUCUUUCCCCUACAGCUGCCCACGGUCUGUCAGCCUCUUCUUUGCUGGGGAAGAUGAGAUCCGUCUCAGCAGGAAUGUCACCCACGGGGGUUUGGGGGUCCAGCUGCCUCACAUUACAGGGAACUUGCGACUCCAUCAGAUGGCUGGCUAUGUCAUUGUGCAGCACCAGUCUGCUUUCACGCUGGCAUGGGAUGGUGAGUCAGCUGUCUACAUCAAGAUGAAUCCUGAAUAUUUAGGCAAGACUCAUGGGUUGUGUGGAAACAACAAUGCUGACCCCCAGGAUGACCUGAAGACCAGCUUUGGAAAACUGACAGAGGAUGUGGCCGAGUUUGUGAACAGCUGGCAGGAAGAUCCCCCAGAUGAGACUCCUGGACCCAAUGUCUCAUUUCCAUCACGCCCACCAUGUUUCCAUCAGAGUACCACUGCCAUGCAGGGGGUGUAUGAGCUGUGUGAGGCAUUGCAGAAGCCCCCAUUUGACACCUGCCAUGACUAUGUCAGCCCCUUGCCCUACAUGGCAAGCUGCACUAGCGACCUCUGCCUGUCAGCAUCUGAGGAUACCACAUGGUGCCGGGCACUGACGGAAUAUGCCAGGGCAUGUGCCCAUGCUGGACGCUCCUUGCAGGGCUGGAGAGUCAAGUUCCCACUGUGCGCUGUGACCUGCAAGGAGGAGGCCUUCAUCUACAAUGAAUGUAUCAACUGCUGUCCUGUAUCUUGCCAGCCCAGGACCCCUUGCAUCGACAGUGAGAUUGCCUGUGUGGAUGGCUGCUAUUGCCCUGAGGGUCUAAUCUUUGAAGAUGGGGGCUGCAUGGCGCCUGCUGAGUGUCCCUGUGAAUUCCAUGGGAGUCUGUAUCCAACAGGCUCUGUGGUGAAUGAUGAUUGCAACACAUGCACAUGCAGAGGGGGCAAAUGGAUGUGCAGUGCUUCAGCCUGCCCAGUGGAGUGCUCUGUGACUGGAGACAUCCAUUUCACCACUUUUGAUGGGCGCCGGUACACAUUUCCCGCCACAUGCCAGUACAUCUUAGCCAAGAGCCGCUCCUCAGGCACCUUCACAGUGACAAUUCAGAAUGCCCCAUGUGGUCCGAACCAGGAUGGGGCCUGUAUCCAGUCAGUGACUGUGAUUCUGAACCAGACGCCUCGGAGACAGGUGACCCUGACUCAGGCAGGAGACGUCCUCAUGUCUGGUCAGUACAAGGUCACCUUGCCUUACACGGAUGAUGCCUUUGAGAUCCGGAAGCUGUCAUCUGUGUUUCUGCGUGUGCGGACCUCUGUUGGGGUGCAGGUGCUGUAUGACCGGGAGGGGCUGCGUCUCUAUAUCCAGGUGGACCAGCGAUGGAAGGAUGACACUGUGGGGCUCUGUGGGACCUUCAAUGGGAACAUGCAAGAUGACUUCUUGUCCCCUGUGGGUGUUCCAGAGAGCACCCCACAGCUCUUUGGCAAUUCCUGGAAAACACUAUCGACCUGCUCCCCAGGCAUCUCCAGUUCCCCUCUGGAUCCCUGUGAUGUACACCUGCAGGCUGCAUCCUAUGCGGCCGAGGCAUGCAGCGUGCUCACCAAGGAUCUGUUUGCACCAUGCUCCCCUUAUCUGAGCCCCAUCCCCUACUAUGAGCAGUGCCGCAGGGAUGCUUGCAGGUGUGGACACAUAUGUAUGUGCUCUGCACUGGCCCACUACACCCAUCUGUGCCACCGCCAUGGAGUUACCAUUGACUUUCGUACCCAGCUCCCAGACUGUGCACUGUCCUGUGAGGCCACUAAGGAAUAUAGCCCUUGUGUGGCGAGCUGUGGGCAGACUUGCCAGGCCUUGGCAAUGCCAGAAAGCUGUAGUGAUGAAGAGGACCACUGUGUAGAGGGCUGUGCCUGCCCUCCUGACACCUACCUGGACAACAAGGCAGAGAGAUGUGUCCCCAGGAGCCAGUGCCCCUGCUAUUUCCAAGGAGUUGAUUAUCCUCCUGGAGAAAACAACAUUCCAUCCCUGGGCCAUUGUCACUGCAUAGAUGGAGUCAUGAGUUGUUACAGCAGAGCACCAGUCUCUGCCUGCCCUCUGGGCCAGGUCUUUGUGAAUUGUACUGACCCCCAUGUGGACCUUGCACUGAGCAGAGAGAGGACGUGUGAGCACCAGCUGCUGAACCUGACUGUGCCUGCCCAUGGACCAUGUGUCUCAGGCUGUACCUGUCCCCAAGGGUUGGUGAAACAUGGAGAUGAAUGCUUUGUGCCAGAUGAGUGCCCAUGUUCCUGGAAGGGGAAAGAAUACUUCCCUGGGGAUAUGGUCAAUUCUUCCUGCCACACCUGCGUGUGCCAACAUGGCUCCUUUCAGUGUACUUUCCACCCCUGCCCUGCCACCUGUACUGCUUAUGGUGACAGACACUAUCGAACAUUUGAUGGGCUCCCGUUUGACUUUUUGGGGACCUGUAAAGUGCACCUGGUGAAGAGUACAUCAAAUUUCAGCUUCUCCGUCAUUAUGGAAAAUGUAAACUGCUACAACACUGGAAUCAUCUGCAGGAAAUUUAUUUCCAUCAAUGUUGGCAACUCUCUUCUCAUCUUUGAUGAUGAGACAGGCACUCCUAGUCCUGUGAGUUUCCUGGAUGAAAAUCAGGAGAUACACAUGUGGCGAGUGGGAUUUUUCACUGUGGUGCAUUUUCCUCAUGAGCACAUCACUCUCCUGUGGGACCAACGGACCACGGUGCAUGUACAGAUGGGACCUCAGUGGCAGGGGAUGCUGGCUGGACUCUGUGGGAACUUUGAUUUGAAAACAGUAAAUGAGAUGAGGACCCCAGAGAACUUGGAGCUAACAAAUCCCCAGGAGUUUGGCAGCAGCUGGGCUGCAGUAGAGUGCCCAGACAGCUCUGAUCCUCGGGACCCCUGUAGCUUAAACCCCCUGCGGGAGCCAUUUGCUAAGAAAGAAUGCAGCAUUCUGUUGAGUGAAGUGUUUGAAACCUGCCACCCUGUGGUGGAUGUCACCUGGUUUUAUUCCAAUUGCUUGACAGACACCUGUGGCUGUAGCCGAGGAGGAGAUUGUGAAUGCCUGUGCACAAGCUUAUCUGCCUAUGCCCACCAGUGCUGCCAGCAUGGGAUUACCAUUGACUGGCGCUCUCCCCGCCUCUGCCCUUAUGACUGUGACUAUUUUAACAAAGCUUUAGGCAAAGGACCCUAUCAACUGGUCAGCCAUGAGGCUGGUGGAACCCGGGUGACCGUGAGGAAAGCAAGUGGAGCUGUCAUCUUGGCUCUUCGUGAGAAUGUGGGUCCUGAAGACACCAUUAACUUCUUGCUGACCUCUUCAGUGUACAAGCCCAAGGCCCAUGACUCUGACUUGGUGUCUUUCGAGUCUGCCGACAGACCCAAUUACUUCCUUCAUGUGACUACCAAUGGGUCUCUGUCCCUGGCCAAGUGGGAGCGGACUGAAGGCUUCCAGAACCGAGCCACAUUCAUCAUCCACCGAAGCACAUGGCUCCCUGGCUAUGAUGCUCUGGAGUCCUUCAAUGAGCCUGGUUCCUUCAUCAGCCUCUCAGGCCCAGUUCCAAUCCUGCAGAGGUACCAACACACAGAACAGUUCCGGCUUGCUACUCUGCUGAAGCUCGUAGGUGUCUGUGAUGGUGAUGUGGCCAAUGACCUCACCCUGCCCGAUGGCACUGUGGUGCAGGAAACUGAAGACCCCACCCCCUUUCUGGACAGCUGGCAGUUGCCCAGCACCCUGACAUCGGUGGGCCAGUUCCGCUACCGGGAGGACAGCUGUGCCACCGCAGACUGCUCGCCUUGCCUCCGUAUGGUCUCCAACCGCACCUUUAGUAGCUGUCAUGAUUUUGUAACCCCAGAGUCAUUCUGUGAGCUGUGGAUCAGGGACACCAAAUAUGUGCAGCAGCCUUGUGUGGCGUUAACUGUGUAUGUGGCUAUGUGUCACAAAUUCAACGUGUGCAUUGAGUGGCGGCGCUCUGACUACUGCCCCUUUUUAUGUCCAGGAGACUCUACCUAUCAGGCAUGUGUGGCAGUCUGUGACACUCCCAGAACAUGCCAGGAUGGGGGGCGGGAACCCCCUGACCCAGAGCUCUGUUCAGUGCUUGGAGAAGGCUGUGUGUGCCCUGAGGGCACUGUCUUGCACAGGCUCCAUUCUGCACUCUGCAUCCCUGAGGAGAAAUGUGCCUGCACAGACAGCUUGGGUGUGCCCCGGGCUGUGGGUGAAAUCUGGAACAGCUCACUCAGUGGCUGCUGCCAAGAUCAGUGUGUGGCUCCCAACACUAUCAUCCCUGUGGAUCUUGGCUGCCCUGAAACCGAGCCCGGUGGGUGCCAGCGCUUCGGUGAAGUGGCCCUGCAGCUCCCCACAGAAGACCCCUGCUGCCUGAGCACAGUCUGUGUGUGUAACCAGACACUGUGUGAGGGGCUGACCCCCACCUGUCCUCCUGGGGAUAGGCUCCUCAUGCACUACCAGGAGGAAUCCUGCUGUCCCAGCUAUACCUGUGAAUGUGAUCCAGAACAGUGUGAGGCCCAGCCCGAUCCUCAGUGUCGCCAGGACCAGAUGGUGCUUGCCGGCCGGCUCGGGAACACUUGCUGCAUCUCCUACUUCUGUGCCUGUGAUGCUUGUCCGGACCCGAUACCCACAUGUCAGCAAGGGGAGGUGCUCACAGUGGACAGCGAUACCGCAGAGUUUUGUUGCCCGGUGUAUCGCUGUGAGUGUCAGAGUUUUCGCUGCCCCCAACUUCAGUGCGGCUUGGGCACAUCCCUGGUGGAGGUGUGGAGCCCUGACAGAUGUUGCCCAUAUAAGUCAUGUGAAUGUGACUGUGACACAAUCCCUGUACCUAAGUGCCACCUGUGGGAGCUGCGGCAGCUUGAUAUGGAGUUCACGCAGAGUGCUGAGAAUGUUUGCGAUUGUGUCAAGUACAAUUGUGUGAAGGCCCCAGUCUGCCUGAGCCAGGAGCGUGGGGUGCUGCAGCCUGGUCAGAAGGUGGUGGAGCUCUCAGCUGAUGGUGUCUGCAGAACUUCCCACUGUACUGAUGUACUGGACCCCCUUACCAACUUCUACCAGAUCAACACUACAUCUCUUCUCUGUGAUGUACAGUGUGAGGAGAAUCAAGAAUACCAGCCUCCCCAGGACCUGGCCACCUGCUGUGGCUCCUGCAAGAAUGUGUCCUGCCUCUUCACAUUUCCCAAUGGCACUGAGGUCAUUUUUCUGCCUGGAGCGUCUUGGAUCUCAGACUGUGCUCGUCAUGACUGCAGCAACACAGCCCUGGGCGUAGUCCUGGUUGUGUCCCCUAUCAUCUGCCCACCCCUCAAUGAGACCGAAUGUGGGAAGGUGGGGGGCUCUGUGGUACCUUCUCUGGAAGGCUGCUGCAAGACAUGUAAGGAGGAUGGGCGGUCCUGUAAGAAGGUGACCGUCCGAAUGACCAUCCGGAAGAGUGACUGCCGAAGCAACACACCGGUGAACAUUGUGAGCUGUGAUGGGAAGUGCCCCUCUGCAAGCAUCUACAACUACAACAUCAACACAUAUGCUCGUUUCUGUAAAUGCUGCCGUGAGAUGGGCCUGCAGCGACGCUCCGUGCAGCUCUUUUGCACAGGAAAUGCCUCAUGGGUGCCUUACACCAUCCAGGAGCCCACAGACUGUGCCUGCCAGUGGUUCUGA